AGAAUCCCAAGCAGAUUCCUGGCUAUUAGGAUGGAGCCAGAUUGAACUCAUAAACUGUGAGAGCAUGACCUGAGCCGAGAGUCCCAUGCCCAACCCACUGGCCCACCCAAGCACCCCCUAAAGCUUUAGUUUAAAUGGAAUCUUUGCUUGCCCCUUGAUAUUACGUGUUAGUAAAGAUUCAUGCUCAGAGGAGCGACAGUUCCAAAUAGGCACACCUGUUUAGUGUCACUGAAAUUCAAGGCAAAAGGUAAUUACCUUGAAUUAUAAACUGGGAAGCAUAAGCCAAUGCUUGUUUUAUUCACUAAAUGUGUGCCCAAUACCUAGAUCUGCUUGGUACUUAAAAAAUCCUCUGAUGAAAUGGAGGCAAAUCUUCCUUAGCUCUUUCUAGGACAUGUGUAAUUAAAAAACAGAAUCUAAACAUUUGUUUAAUGUGAUAUUUCAAAAGAAAGGGGUGCCUAGGUGGCUUAUUUGGUUAAGCGUCUGACUUCGGCUCAGGUCACGAUCUCAUGGCUCAUGAGUUCUGCUGUUAGCGCAGAGCCUGCUUCGUAUCCAUUUUCUCCCUCUCUCUCUGCCCCUCCCACACUUGUGCUCUUUCUCUCUCUCAAAAAUAAACACUAAAAAAAAAAAAAGGAAAUUCACAGUUGCAGUAUGCUCUUUAACAAAUACUCUUAAUUCGUGGAUUUUUGUAUGUCGUGUUGUUCUUUAUUUUAAUCUUGCCUAGACAAUGGUCCUUUCCCACCCAUCCCCUUUGUGAACUAAUUUUGCCAGGGACACAUUUCUUGUAUUCAUUUAAACUUGAAGAAACUCAAGAACUGUAGGAUGUAACACAUAGUAAUUGUGUGUGUUGUGCAUUCUGAAAAACUGUUGUGAUUUCCAGUAUGAGCGACAAUGCAGUAUGUUUAAAUCAUUUGAUCUAAACUGAGAGUGUUCCGCCUUAUAUAAUUAUGAUUUUUAAAUCUACUUGGAACUUCUCAAAAGCAGGAUGUAUCUGCAGUGUUUAUACCACACUACACAGUGACGAUUUUAUCAUUUACCACAGACGAAUGGCAGUGCCACGGAUGCUGUCAUAUCCAUUUCUUUGUAAUGUGUGGAUACUUUACCUGGAGAAUUUAGGGGAGGGUUCGUGGUGCUAAUUUGGAGGGCCAUUGUUCCCCUCCAGCCCCUCAAAGUAGAUUCUUUCCCUAUGUCAUUUGGGACCGUUGUUUUAUAGUGAAUGCCCACUCUCAGACUGAAAGUAAAUUGGACUGAAACUUAGCAAUCACCUUUUUCCUAAACCUUUUCCCUGUAUUUUUCAAUGUAAGGUAGGAUUUUGCUAUAAACGAAAUAGCCGCAAGGAACCUCUUGAGGUUGUCAGUAUAGAAAGCACCGCCACAAGCAGCAGCCAUGCCUGCAGAAGGAGGGAAGACGGAUAUGGAGAGGAUUGGCCUCUUCAGUGAGAUGGAGUAUGUUACUGUUGGCGAUAAAUAUGUGUCCUCAUUUAAUCGACCCUUUAAUGACGCUGCAAGCAAAAAUAAACAGAUGCUACCUGGGGGAUCCAAAGCAAUGUCAAAUCUCCAGGCAGGUUAUUUUGAUCCCCAUUUUGUAAGGAUAUUUGAAGGUGAAGGCUAUGUAAAUCUGAAUCAAGUGAGGAGACGGCAUAUGAUGGAAGAAGCCAAAAAAAACCUGGGCAAAGCCUUCCUCCCUAGUAAUGGAGAUAAAAAGCCAUGUGGGUUAGGAACCUACUAUGGCACGAUAGGCGGUCCGGUGCCAUUCUUCAGCACACAGUUGAAACCCAGAGACAAAUAUGAGGUACCUGGAAAGAAUUUAUACACAAACCCGGGAAAGAAAGGAACAGGAUAUGGCUAUGCAAAUAUUACCAUAGGUAAACAGUUUUCACACUCUGCUGAUUUCUACGAUGCACCCAAACUAAAUUUUAAGAAGGAGAAUGAAGAACACCAUCGUUUAGUUAAAGGAACACCUUUCAAAUCAAAUCUUUACCCAAGGGAAUAUUUUGACACGAAUCCUUAUUUGUUUGAGAAAGCUUUACCGCCAAUUAAAAAAACAGAGAAGAAAGAAUUACCUGCACACCCCUUUAAGCCUUCUUCUCCUGGUAAAAAGGGCACUAAAUACGAAGAACUACAAGACUGCUUCAGUACAGUCCUGUUAGCAUCUGGAAGACAAAUAGCUUUCCAGGUCCUGACUACCAGUAAUUCAUUAUCAAGUGCUAAUUAUUUGAAAAUAACAUAAGAUAUGGGACAGGUGUCUCAGGCAUUUAAGAUAUUUAAGCCUGCAACUCUAAUAUUCUUCCUUGUUUUAGUACUAUUUCUUAAUGAAUAAAUAGUAUUUGUUAAUAAUUUA